AUGUUUUUCACACUAUUUCUUCUCCGUUCAGCCCAUGGAAUGGAUCUGGGAGAAAUCAAAGACUUAUUCACCAAGAAUGGAAUCAAACUAGACCAAGAUGACAUCUCAAAAGAAAUCAAAUCUCUUAUCAAUCAGCUUGCUGAUGCCAAAACAAAGAUGUUACCACUUAUCCAAGAACUAACAACAAAGUUUGAAUUGUCUCCAACCGUUGAAGAACUCCAAACGUCAUAUAACGCCGUCAGUAAACUUAUGAGCAAUAAAACAGCUCUUGUCGAUAUACUUACCCCUGAAAUGUCGGCACAAAAAGAGGAAUUAAAGAUGCUUUUAGACGAAUGGAAGAUUGUUGGAAAGUUUUUGCGUGUUUUCGGAUUUGAUGAUGGAAAAAUUAAGAAAGUCAUCGAAGCCAUCUACAAAAACGAUAAGAAGUUCACAAUAGAAGACGCAAUCAACGCUCUUGGCUAUCCAACUGGCUACCUUUACUACAUGGCAGAUGGAAUUAAUGGAAUCUUCGCAGAAAAGGGCAUUACAAUUCCAGAUUUCCUUGCUCAUUUCUUCAUUGAAUCCAAGAAGUUCCUUGCAUCCAUCAAGACACUCUCUGAAGCUAUUGCAGAUAACAAGAUCACCCUCGUUGAAAUUUUCAAGGAAUUUGAUGCCGCAUUUGACACAAGCCUUUCUGUUAUCGAUGCCAUGCGUACAAUCUUUGGAAAGACGAUGACAUUGUUAUUGUAUCCAAUUGUUCAACUUAUUCCUAAAUCCGAAAAGGAAGUUGUCAGCAGAUUUACAGAUCUUGUCUCCCUUUAUGAUGACAUUCUCAAAGAGGCACUUCCUCCAAUGAUAACUUCUCAACUCAAAGAUACCGCUGGUCCAUUUAUGGAAAUCGCAAGGAAAUCCAUUGAUACAAAGGAGUUGACAAUUCCUGAAGAUGCAAGAGAGACCUUCCAAUUUAUUUCAACCUUCUUUGACAACCAAACAUCUUCAUUUCCCAAACUUCAGAUGCAUCAUCAUUCCAGAAAUACUUCUCAAAGGAUAGUCUCAUUCAUGCAUUAA